AUGGUCCAUGUGAUGGGGGAUGCCGCCUGCUGGCUCCUGCUCGGGCUCUCCCUCCUCCCCAUCGCCGUCCUGGGCUCGCAGGACGAGGGGAAGGUGAUCCACAUCACCAGGGUGCAGCACCAGGCGGUGCGCGCGGGGCUGGGGGAGCCCGUGACGCUGCCCUGCCUCUUCCUCCUGCACCCCUCGGCCUCCCUGGGGCCCAACGAGCCCCCGGAGCCUCCCCGCGUCAAAUGGAGCAAGGUGCGCUCGGCCAGCGGCCAGAGGGAGGACGUGCCCAUCCUGGUGGCCAAGGACAACGCGGUGAAGGUGGUCAAAGCCUACGAGGGGCGAGUGUCGCUGCCGGGCUACCCCAGUGACCGCUUGAACGCCACGCUGCAGCUGCGGGCGGCCCGUGCCAGCGAUGCGGGGCUCUACCGCUGCGAGGUGGUGGCGGGGAUCGAUGACGAGCAGGAUCUGCUGCCCCUCGAGGUGACGGGUGUUGUGUUCCACUACCGGCCCGCGGGCGAGCGCUACGCCCUGAGCUUCCCCGCCGCUCGCCGCGCCUGUCGCGACAACUCCGCCGUCAUCGCCUCCCCCCAGCACCUCCAGGCCGCCUUCGAGGAUGGCUACGACAACUGCGACGCCGGCUGGCUGAGCGACCAGAGCGUGCGGUACCCCAUCACCCUGUCCCGGCCCGGCUGCUACGGAGACAGGAGCAGCCUCCCCGGCGUGCGCAGCUACGGCCGCAGGGAGCCCGGCGAGCUCUACGACGUCUACUGCUACUCCCGGGAGCUGCGAGGUACCGUGUUCUACGCCACGGCUCCGGGGCGCUUCACCUGGCAAGGUGCCCGCAGUCACUGCCGGAGCCGCGGGGCAUCGCUGGCCACCACGGGCCAGCUCUACCUGGCGUGGCGAGAGGGGCUGGACCAGUGCGACCCGGGCUGGCUGGCCGAUGGCAGCGUGCGCUACCCCAUCCGCCAGCCCCGCAGGAAAUGCGGGGGGGAGGCCUCGGGGGUGCGGACCCUCUACCAGUUCCCAAAUCGCACCGGCUUCCCUCCCGCCGCUUCCAAAUUCGACGCUUAUUGCUACAAAGCCGCAGGGCACAGCGACGCGGAGGAGCCGGUGCUGCCGGUGCCACCCACGCCCGACCCGCCGAGCAGCGACAACGUGCUGGUGGAGCACAGCGAGGAGCUGGGCACAUCGGGGGACACCCGCGACACCCCCCGCGACCGCUACGACCUCCUGCCACGGCCGGGACCCGCGGGGCCGGGCAAGGAUGAGGACGAGCAGCUGCGGCCGGCCGGCGGUAGCCCGGUGGCACAGCACGGUGACCUCCGGGGCACCGCCCUGGCAGCGGCACCGGCGGCUCCAGAGCUGGGGACGGGCGCUGUGACAUCCCUGCCACCCACGGCGGCCACCUCUCUAGCGUGGCCCCACGACGAGGAGUCUCUGAACGCGGUGGAUGAGGCUCCGGAGAGUUCCCGGUGGGGUCCCCCAAGCGCCGGCCAGUCACAAGGAGACCCUGAGGGACCCCCGGCCACCCUCCUGUCACAGUUCCAGAGCCCAGCCCUGGAGCACGGCUCGUCCUUGGCACCGGCCGGGCUGGGGACUGUCCCCAGCGCCACCCCGGAGACCCCCAGCACCCCCCCGGGCAGCUCGAGGAGGAGCUACCCCGGCCUGAACGGGCGCUACUUCCAGCUCCAGCGGCACAGCCGCGACCCCGCGGUGGCAGCUGGGGACACCGCGGUGGCAGCGGGAAUUGUCACCCAGGUGCCCGUGCUGGUGCAGGAGGUGAAGGGAGCAGCAGCCAGCGCCGUGGAGCUGUGGAGCCUCCCCCCAGCCGGCAGCGAGAGCCCCCGGGAGGGUCCCCUGGCGUCCCCCGAGGCGCUGGGGGAGGACAUCAACCCCGAGCUCCCGGACACCUCCCCGGUGUCCCUCUCGCCGUCCCCGAGGGAUUCGGGGACCCCCACGGGGACCCCCCCGGUGCCAUCCCCUUCCCCCGCCACUCCCCGCGACCCUCGGGGCCACCGGGACAUCCCCGCGGGGGGGGCUCAGCCCCGCGUCCCCAGCGCCCGCGGGGACUCCCCGAGGCCACCCGAGGAUGCCACCGAGGACCUCUCCGGGGACAUCCCCUCGCAGGAGGGCGGUGGCUCCGUGCCGCCGCUGCCCCCGCUGCCCCCGGCCCCGCUGGUGGCCGAGGGUCCCGAGCUGUCCCCGCAGCCCCCCGGGAACGGCAGCGGGGCCCCGGCUGACGGCGCGCUGGAGAGGCAGAGGAAGGCGGUGACAUUCCUGCAGCCUGAGGGUCCCUCCGAGGGACACCCUGCCACCCCCGGCCACACCGAGGGGGCUCCUCCCGGGUCCCGGGGGGGAUCCAGCCCCACGGCUCCCCACGGGACGGCCGAGCCCAGCCAGGAGCAGCCGGAGGAAUCCAGGGAUGUUGGGAAUGGCGCGGCCGAGCCCAGCAGAGAAGCGGCCGCGUCCCCCUCGUCUUGGGAUGUCCCCUCAGCGUCCCCUUCCCCCACGGCCACCGAGGUGGUACUGUGGGCCAGCACCGAGCGGCCGGAGGAGGUGGCGGUGCUGGAGCCGGUGGCCGAGGAGGGGUCCACAGGCUUCGGUCCCCCAGACCCACAACCCACCCACCGCUCCGAGCCGGAGCCGGAAGCAGCCGAGCAGCUCCUCCUGUCCCCCCCGGGCCCCCGGCAGCCCCCCGCCACCUCCGGCCCCCCAACUGUCCCCAGACACGAGGAUGUGACACCAAGCCCCGGCGAGGAGGACGCCUCAGGGGAGGCCAGGAGGGAAGAGCCCCCCACGCCCCUCGGGCCCUGGCCGUCCCCUAGUGCCCCCCACCCGGGGGGAACAGAGCCCGCAGGGUCCCCGAGCGAGGGGCCAGAGCUGGGGGGCGCGGGGGGGUCCCCAGUGCUGGAUGCCGACAGCGGCAGCGGGGAGGAGCCGGCGUUGGACGAGCGGGAGCUGCUGGCCUGGGUGGGCAACGCCAGCGGGCACGCGCCGCCGGACCCGUGCCAGAACAACCCGUGCCUGCACGGCGGGACGAGCCGUGCCAACGGCACCGUGUGCGGCUGCAGCUGCGCCCCGGGCUUCACCGGCGAGAACUGCGAGAUCGACAUCGACGACUGCUUGUCCAGCCCGUGCCAGAACGGCGGCACCUGCAUCGACGAGGUCAAUUCCUUCGUGUGCCUCUGCCUGCCCAGCUACGGCGGCAGCCGCUGCGAGAAAGACACGGAGGGCUGUGACCACAACUGGCACAAGUUCCAGGGCCACUGCUAUCGCUACUUCGCUCGCCGGCGCUCCUGGGAGGACGCGGAGCGCGAUUGCAGGCGCCGGGCCGGGCACCUCACCAGCAUCCACUCGCAGGAGGAGCACGCCUUCAUCAACGGCUUCGGCCACGAGAACACCUGGAUCGGCCUCAAUGACCGCAUCGUGGAGCAGGACUUCCAGUGGACCGACAACACCGGCUUGCAAUACGAGAACUGGAGGGAGAACCAGCCCGACAACUUCUUCGCGGGCGGCGAGGACUGCGUGGUGCUCGUGUCCCACGAGAUCGGCAAGUGGAACGACGUGCCCUGCAACUACAACCUGCCCUACAUCUGCAAGAAAGGCACAGUGCUCUGCGGGCUCCCCCCGGAGGUUCCGAACGCUUUCCCGGUGGGAAAGAAGAAGGAGAAGUACAACAUCCACUCCAGCGUGCGCUACCAGUGCCACGAGGGCUUCACCCAGCGCCACGUGCCCACCAUCAAGUGCCACAGCACCGGCAAGUGGGACCGCCCCAAAAUCCUCUGCACAAAACGCGGUCUCACCGAGCGCGGCGGCACCGGCGGCACCGGCACAGCCACCCGCACCACCAGCACCACCACCACAAACCCCGCAAGGAGCGGCGAAAACACCGCCAGCACCUCCGGCUGGACUGGAUGGAGGAGGGCCACUACUUCUAGAGCCGGGCGAGCACAGAGGGGCCCCCCGGGGGAUGCGGUGAUGUCCCCCGCCCCCCUUUUCUCACCCCCAUCCUCCCCACCCCUCUUUUUUAACCCCCUUUUUGGCUUUAGCUCCUUAGGAUGCCCGGCCCCGUAG